CACCAGUGACACCAUAACUCCGAAUCAACCCAUCAAAGAUGGUGAGCUUUUAGUGUCCAAUGGUAAGACCUUCGCACUUGGGUUUUUCAGUCCUGGAAAUGGAACAUCCAAUCGCAGGUAUGUUGGAAUAUGGUACUACAAAAUCUCUGAACAAACCGUAGUUUGGGUUGCCAAUCAAGACAACCCAAUCAAUGGUAAGUCUGGAGUAAUAUCCAUCAACCAAGAUGGAAACCUUGUCAUCUACGACGACGACAAUACCCAUAAUGUUACUUGGGAUACAAAUAUUUCAACAGCAGCUGCAACAAACAGUUAUUAUUCAGCUCGACUCUUGGAUUCGGGGAAUUUGGUGGUUAGUAAUAGUAGCAAUAAUAGUACUAUUUUUGUAUGGCAAAGUUUUGAUUAACCUAGGCACGUGCUGCUGCCCAACAUGAAGUUGGGGUUGGACCGGAUAACCGGUGUGAACCGGUUCUUGACAUCAUGGAAGUCGAGAGAUGACCCUGGCAAAGGAGAAUACUCCUUUAAGAUGGAGGACCCGGGUGGGUCGCCCCAAUUGGUAUUGUACAAGGGCUUGUUUCGAUUUUGGGAAACCGCACCAUGGAUGUGGAACAAACGGACCGGUAAUUUCACAAUUUCCAGUUUCAUUGACAAUCGCAAGGAAGUAUAUCUAUCGUACGUUCAGAUCAAUGCCUCGAUUUUGUCCAUAUUUCUUGUGGACGAACUUGGGAACAUAAAAAUGAACACGUGGCUCGAGGGUAAGGGUAAAUGGGUGGAGUCUUACUCGGGCCUAGACGAGCGAUGUGACAGUUAUGGGCGGUGUGGCGGGUUUGGUUAUUGUAACGAGAACAAAGGGCAGGCGGAGUUCGAGUGCACGUGCCUUCCAGGGUACGAGCCCAAGUUACCAAAUGAAUGGUAUUAUUCACGUGAUGCUUCAGGCGGGUGUGUGAAAAAGCGCGCGGCACUUGGCAUGUGUGGGAACGGAGAAGGGUUCGUGAAGAUAGAAAAAGCAAAAAUUCCGCCAACGUCGAAGGGAGAUGAAGAGAUGAAUUUGAGCCUGGAAGAGUGUGAAGCCAAGUGCUUGAGAAAUUGUUCUUGCACGGCUUACAGUAUUGCAAGUGAUGGGGGCAACUAUUGCAAGACUUGGUAUGGGACUUUGAUGAAUGCAAGAACAGCCCAUAGUGCUAGAUAUUCUCUCUAUAUACGUGUUGAUGCCGAUGAGUUAUUAGCUCAACAUUUGAAGAAGAAAUCUAAAAGUCUUCAUGGAAAGAAGAUGAUCAUUGUGGUGACAUCUGUUGUGGUGAUGGGAGCCCUGAUUAUCUCCUUAGUUUGUUGGUUGGUAAUGAAGAAGGCAAGAAGAGUUGCUGGAUUCGACAUUCAUGCCAAUGAUGAAGAAAAUCUAGAAUUACCCAUCUUUGAUAUGAUCACUAUUGUUGGGGCAACCAACAACUUUUCUGAUACAAAUAAAAUUGGUGAAGGUGGUUUCGGGCCUGUUUACAAGGGACAACUAUCAAUGGGAAAAGACAUAGCUGUCAAGCGCCUCUCAACGAGCUCCAAACAAGGUGUGGAUGAAUUCCAAAAUGAGGUUAUUUUGAUUGCUAAACUUCAACACCGGAAUCUUGUAAGGCUUUUGGGAUGUUGCAUCCAUGGAGAAGAAAGAAUGUUAGUUUACGAGUACAUGCCCAAUGGAAGCCUGGAUUCCUUCAUUUUUGAUGUAAAAAACAAAAGUAAAUCGCUCACAUGGAGGAUGCGCUUGCACAUUAUUGUGGGGAUUGCUCGAGGGGUUCUUUAUCUUCAUCGAGAUUCAAGAUUGAGAAUAAUUCAUAGAGAUCUUAAAGCUAGCAAUGUGUUACUUGAUGGUGAGAUGAAUCCUAAAAUUUCUGAUUUUGGCUUAGCUAGGGCUUUUGGAGGUGAUCAAUCAUCGGCAAAAACAAGAAGGGUGAUUGGAACUUAUGGUUACAUGUCUCCAGAAUAUACAAUUGAUGGCCUCUUUUCAAUGAAAUCAGAUAUUUUUAGUUUUGGAGUCGUAGUUUUAGAAAUAAUGAGCGGCAAAAGGAACCGAAUGUUCAAUCAUCCGGAUCAUGAUCUUAACCUUCUUGGGCAUGCAUGGCAACUUUGGACUGAAGGAAAGGCUUAUGAGUUAUUGGAUCCACUAAUGGAGGGUUCAUUUCCAAUGUCAAAGGUAUUGAGGUGCAUACAUGUGGGUCUCCUUUGUGUACAGAAAUAUCCGGAAGACAGACCAUCAAUGUCAUCAGUGCUCUUAAUGUUGGUUAGUGAGAGUGCAAUGUUGCCCCAACCCAAGCGACCUGGCUUUUAUACAGAGAGGAGUUCAAUUGAGACACAUGAUCAUCCACUAGGUCAAAGUACUUCUAGUAUCAACGAAGUGACUGUAACGUGCCCAAAUGCUCGGUAAAAUAUUUUACCGUAUCGCAGUGGUACCUUGGCACCCAGGAGUAUGUAAUCGCCCCUCUCAAGUUUUGAAAAUUAUAUUUUUACUUAUAAUUUAAACAAAAAUUUCAUUGUCUCAUAGGGACUUGGAAAGAUUUUAAAUAUAU